CGCAUCAAAAAAGAAAGCUAAUAAGAAGGGAACCAAGAAAGGCCGUCCUGUGGUUCCUCGGGAAGAGAGUGAUGUGGUUGAUGCUACAGCUGGAGCGACAUCAUCAAUGGCACUGUCUACCAGUAUGUUUAAUGAGCUGGUGGCUCGAGUGAGCGCUGAGGUCACAAAGAGUAUAACCCCCUUGCUGACUCGAGGUUUAACUCAGACGCAAACUGCAAAUGACGCUGCUGCUACAUCAACAUUUCAACAGGAUGCAGAUAAUGAUCUCACAGAAGUACCCCUUGGGCAAAACCUUCAGGAGUCCAGCAACRUAAAUGUAACAACUGGCCAGUCACCGGGUGAAAAGUCGGCAGAGACAACAGUUGAUGAGGMCGUGAAURCUGCUAAUAAAUGUGUGAGAGGUGAGCAGCCUGAAAAAUCUGUGCCCAGUCAGGUUUUCCAGUCAGUAGGACUCAGUUUAGAGGCUAGAAUUCCUGCGAAGCYUAAAUCCAAAAUUUUAUCAAAUGAAUUUUUUGACUUUGGUUUGUUACUCAUGAAUCCAGUCACAGAGUCCAAGUAUCAAAUAAGUGUGGUAAAUAGAAGUGGGGACCAGCCUGCUCUGUCCAUCGAGCCCACUUCUAAACCCAGGCGCAUCUUAAAUAUUGAUACUUGGAUGUCUGCUUUCCGGAUAUUUGUUGCAGUGUAUACCCAGGCACACCCUGGCGAAGCACCUCAUCUAAUGAAAUAUGGUGAGACCAUUCAGGACUUGGCCUCUAGGUCAUACAAUUGGAAAUUUUAUGAUGAAAAUUUUCGUUUUCUGAGGCAAAGUCAGCCUCAACUCUUUCCGUGGGGUAAUAUCCAUUGGGAGCUGUGGUUGCAGGCGCAAGUUAAUGUUAGCAAGUCAUCAUCACCUCUUAAUAAUAAUUCAACUGUUAAACCUAACAAGGCAGGAGUGAUACCUAAGGGGUUUUGCUAUCGUUUUCACAGGGGGAAAGAGUGCUCGGGCUGUGAAUUUAAGCAUUCAUGUUUUAAAUGUKAGGGAAACCACCCUGGCUUUCAGUGCAAUUUUCGUCCCUUCACGAAGCCAAUCAGAACUUCCAACCAAUCCAGCCAUUUCAAACCACAGGCUCCCAACCCCAGUAAAAUGUGAACGCCUUUGUAAAUUGCUUUCUGGGUAUACACCGUCUAUAGUUGAUUUUUUACGUUCUGGUUUUAGUGAAGGAUUCCCUUUGCAUUUUGAAGGGGAGUUUCUUUCCUUUGAGGCUGAGAACCUGUUAAGUGCACGCAGUAACCCUGAUAUUGUUUCAGCUAAACUUCAGAAGGAACUGGAUGCCCAUAGACUAGCAGGCCCAUUUCAUUCUACACCAUUUCCCAAUUUUCGAGUUUCUCCUUUAGGGGUGGUACCAAAGAAAACCCCUGGCRAAUUCAGAAUGAUUCACCAUCUGUCAUUCCCUCAGGGUACUUCAGUUAAUGACGGCAUUCAGCCUGAAAACACUAGUGUCCAUUAUGCCACAAUUGAGGAUGCAAUGCAUUUUGUUAAACAGAAUGGGAGGGGUUGUUUUAUGGCAAAGACAGAUAUAAAAAAUGCCUUUCGCAUUAUUCCAAUCCAACCAGCUGAUUAUCCUUURUUGGGGAUGAAAUGGGACGGUCUUUAUUAUUAUGAUCGUGCUAUGCCUAUGGGCUGUGCCAGUUCCUGUAAAACAUUUGAAACUUUCAGUUCAUCAGUCGAGUGGAUUGCCCGAACUAAGUUAAGRAUUUCCUCUAUUUUACACUUAUUAGACGAUUUUCUUAUUGUUGCACCAUCCGCCAAACUUUGUUCAGAUCAGCUACAAUUAUUUCUUGAUACUUGUGAAUAUCUGGGUAUACCAAUGGCCCCGGAAAAAACAUGCGGUCCAUCUUCAACUUUGUCUUUUGCUGGUAUYGAACUUGACUCCCAGCUUCAAUUAGCACGCCUUCCUAGAGAUAAAAUCGACAAAUGCAUUGAGCUUAUUUCUGACUUCAUUCAUCGUAAGAARGUGACUUUAGUAGAAAUCCAGUCUCUGAUUGGCCUUUUGAACUUUGCAUGCUCAGUGAUAAUCCCUGGUAGAGCCUUUUUACGACGGCUAAUAGACCUCACUAUUGGAAUCAAAGCGGCUCACCAUAGGGUUCACAACUUCAUGAAGCUAGCUCYGCCCAGCAUGGACUCUCAGCCAACAGCAAUUCCUCUACACUUACAGCCUCAAAAUUGGGUGAUAUAGUCUCAAAGCUUUUGCAAUCUAGCUUGYAGUUAUCAUCGGUACCAACUUACAAACGAGCUUGGGCUCUUUUUUAUAAGUUUUCAACUUGUSUUUUUCCUAGCAACAAUGCUGCUAAGUUGCCAGUUUCCCCAUCAGUGCUGGCUUUGUUUAUUGCCUAUUUAUAUGAGAACCGUUAUGCACCUUCCACAGUUAAUACUUACGUUUCGGCUAUUGCAUACUCACACAAAUUAGCUGGUUAUGAUGAUCCUUCUAAGGUUUUUUACAUAGUACAAAU